CGAGUCGAUACCGCCCGGAUGAGCGUUGCUUGUGCAGUUUACAGCAACGAUAAAAGCAACGUGAGAAAUCCGAAUAUUAAUCUUUAACCAUGGUUUCACUAAAUCCAGUGCAGAUCUUGAGGUAUGGAGCAGAGGAGGAGAAAUCAGAGACAGCAAGAAUGUCAUCAUUUGUUGGUGCCAUAGCUAUUGGAGAUUUAGUCAAAAGCACUUUAGGACCAAAAGGAAUGGACAAGAUAUUGCAAACAAGCUCCAACAAUGAGACUAUUCAAGUAACUAACGAUGGGGCCACUAUACUAAAAUCUAUUGGAGUAGAUAACCCAGCUGCCAAAGUGCUAGUUGAUAUCUCAAAAGUUCAAGAUGAUGAAGUUGGUGAUGGAACAACAUCUGUUGUUGUGUUAGCAUGUGAACUUUUGAAGGAAGCUGAAAAUUUAAUUUCCCAAAAAAUUCAUCCACAAACUGUUAUCUCUGGAUGGAGAAAAUCUGUGGAUGUAGCAAGAAAAGCUUUAACUGAUCAUGCUAAUGAUAAUGGAAAAGAUGCUGUUAAAUUUCGUGAAGAUUUGAUGAACAUAGCUAGAACAACACUGAGCUCCAAAAUCUUAACCCAGCAUAAAGAUAUGUUUUCAAAGUUGGCAGUAGAUUCUGUGUUGAGAUUAAAGAACAGUGGUAAUCUUGAUGCUAUUCAAAUUAUUAAAAAGUUGGGUGGAAAUCUAUCAGAUUCCUAUCUUGAUCAAGGUUUCCUGCUGGACAAGAAGAUUGGAGUUAACCAGCCUAAACGUCUGGAGAAUGCCAAAAUUUUAAUAGCUAACACACCUAUGGACACAGACAAGAUAAAGGUCUUUGGAUCAAGAGUUAGGGUGGAUGCUGUUUCUAAAGUAGCUCAACUUGAGUUGGCAGAAAAGGAAAAGAUGAAGGCCAAGGUUGAAAAAAUUCUUAAGCAUGGAUGCAAUGUAUUCAUCAACAGGCAACUCAUUUACAAUUAUCCUGAGCAACUGUUUUCUGAUGCUGGUGUCAUUUCCAUUGAGCAUGCAGAUUUUGAAGGUGUUGAAAGACUUGCUCUAGUGACAGGUGGUGAGAUAGUUUCAACCUUUGAUUGUCCGGAAAAAGCCAAACUUGGUACUUGUGAUCUUAUUGAAGAAGUAAUGAUUGGAGAAGACAAGUUACUUAAAUUUUCUGGCGUGGCAUUAGGGGAGGCUUGCACAAUUGUUUUACGUGGUGCUACUCAACAAAUUCUUGAUGAAGCUGAGAGAUCACUUCAUGAUGCUCUUUGUGUGCUGUCACAAACUGUGAAGGAAACCCGAACAGUUUAUGGUGGAGGUUGCUCUGAGAUGUUAAUGGCUGAUGCAGUUAGUAAGUUAGCAGCUAAAACACCAGGAAAAGAAGCUGUAGCGAUGGAAGCAUUUGCCAAAGCCCUACGACAACUACCAACUAUCAUUGCAGAUAAUGGAGGCUAUGAUAGUGCAGAUCUGAUAUCACAGUUAAGAGCUGCACACACAAAUGGCAAACACACUAUUGGACUCGACAUGGAACGUGGUAGAAUAGCUGAUGUAGCAGAGCUUGGUAUCACAGAAUCCUAUCAAGUUAAGAGACAGGUUUUAAUGUCAGGAGCAGAGGCUGCUGAAAUGAUCAUGAGGGUGGACAAUAUCAUCAAGGCUGCACCUCGCCAACGUGCACCAGAUCACAGACACCACUAAUUAUUUUGUAUUGUUUGUGCAAAUGGCUUGGUGUGUGUAUUCAUGUGCUAAGAACAAAUGUGAUUGUUUAGUUCUUAUUUAAAGAAAUGCCUAAAUAACUUAAUCUGUUAAUCUAAAAUUGGCAAAGUUUUUUCCUCAGAUUUUACAUUGAACUUUGAUUACAUUUGAAUAUCUGACAGUUUCUACUGUGCUUAUUUUAUUGAUUAUAAUUAUAAAAAUUUUCUUUUUUUUUCCUUACGUUUGUACAAGAAUGAAAAAAGGUUUGACUGAGUUAUUUAGUUGCUAUCAAUUAUUUAUAAUAUGAGUGUGCUAACUGCCAGUCUCUUUUUAAUUUGCUUAUUUCAUGGUGAAAAGAAAAACUGAUCAUACAAUUUUCUACAACUUGAAAAAAAAAUGCAAGGAAUUAAUAAUUGGAAAUAUAUAGAUAUACUUUAUCACCAGUGUUUUUCUAUAUUCUGUGUUCCUGCUUUCAUCUUUGAAAUUGAAUUUGGGGGCUGUUCUACUGAAGCUUGUCAUACUAAAAUAAGAUCUGUAUGACAGGAAUGAAAUUAAGCUUUGAAUCUUUCAUUUGUACGUUUGAUAUUAAAUUAUAAAAAUUUACUUGUCUUA